AUGGUAAAAGUAAAAGCAAGAACCCAUUUAUUAUAUUACACUUGUUGCUACUUUCUUGACACUCGCAUUUUGUUACCUUCUGAUACAUCUCCUUCACAAUGUCCAUCCGGAUUAGCUAAGGCCAUAUCGUCGAAAUUACUCUCUACUAUUAAACAUGGUUAUGAACACGAUGAACCUCUCUCUCAUGAGCACAUCGCAAAUCAAGAACUUUCAUUUCAUACAAGUGUCAUUGACAUGACAAUAUUAGCAUCUCCUAUAUACUCUCUUGGUCUGCAAAUAAAUCCUUUUGCUUUGGAUUGGAGAAGUGUAUGGAAGCAAACAGUACAAGAAGAAGUCUCUAAGAUUGGAUAA